AACAGAUUACGUAGAAAUACUUGGAGGCGAUGGUCUCGACCCCCACCUAAUGGCUGUCGCCGAAGAUUUUUGUGGAAUCGAUUCAAUUCCAACCAAACAUAAGUUUGAAGUCGCCUGCGGUAACACAGCUGUCAGACUGGUCUCCAGUGGCCGACACGACAACUCUGUGACCAUUGCUUUCGAUCUACUUCUCGACAUCGACUCCCCAACACUUCUUUGCCCGGCUAUGUUGGAAACCAUUGCCCUCUCAUGUUAG